AAACAGCCUCGGACUUGCUUCGGGAAGCCGUUGGAUUCUCCAAACCUUCGGUUCCUUCGCGCUCAGACAAUUCUAGUUUAGAGAGAGAGAGAGAGAGAGAGAGAGAGAGAGAGAGUUAGGGCGUUCGAUUGGACUCGACUAUGGACGUUGCCAUUGUACUUGAUUCAGAAAUUUGCGUGGCUGGAAAUGAUAGGAUAAAAGGAGCAAAGGGACCCAAAAUUGGAAGUGCUCCGAGGAAAAGGCUUGCUGACAUAAGCAACUUGCAGAAGCAGCCUAAACCAGUAAACCAAGAUGUGAAUCAGCUGCCCUUUUCGCUUACGGCUAAAGAGUAUAUUGAAAAGCUACAGAAGGAAAACGUGACACUGAUGAAGCUUGUUGUAGAAAGAAAGUAUCCUUCUCUAUCAAUUUCAUUAAUUGAUUUAGUUUUUUUCUCACCUGGGCUUUUCCGGGUAUGGUUCUGGUUUAUACUUUCCUUAGUGUUGGUUGACAGUAAAAUUAUUGAACUGAGCAGAAUUGAGUUACAGAAACUGAGAAUCAGUCUGCAGAAAGUGCAGCAACAGAAUUUGCAACUUGCCCAAGCAAACAGUCAGAUGUUGGCGGAGCUUAAUUCAGGUAAAGAUAGGCUAAAAGCACUUCAGCAUGAGCUUGGAUGCAAAAAUGGCUUGCUCAAAGCACAAAAACUGGACUCGGAGAUCAAAGCGAAAAGAGUAACGCUCCAAAAUUCGGGAAAUGAGGUAGCUAAAACUAAGCACGAUGAGGCAGGGGAAUCUGCUCAAACAGCAGGGGGGGACUCUAAUACUUGUCAUAAGAACAGAAGAAGACGGCAAUCCAAAAAUCAAUCUUUGGGUCCCGCCACUGGAAAUCAAAUCAACAAUAAAGAGACUGUUGAAAAUAAGAGAAAUUGUUUGAGAAGGCAAUCUGCAAGGUUUAAAUCUGAAGAACCAGAGCCAAGUGAAGAUUGUUUUGUGACAGAUAGGGAUUCAGGUCCUACCACUCUUAAACCAGUCCUUGUCAAGCAGGAUAUAGGAAAUAAGAGGCAUUGUUUGAGAAGGCAAUCCGCAAGGUUUAAAUCUGAGGAACCAGAACGAAAUGAAGACUUGUUUGAGAUAGAUGAUGCUAAAUUCCCUGCAUCUCCUCCAGUUGAUGAUGUGCAUGACAGCAGUCAAAUAACAUCAGAAUUGCCAGUCAAAAAAGAAGACGAAGGAGUCAAAGCUCAAGAAAUUCGAAGAUCAUCUGUUGGAAGGCCAUUGCGCCGAGCAGUUGAGAAGGUUCAGUGCUACAAGGAAAUUCCUCUCAGGAUGAAGAUGCGCCGACAGGAGUGAGUGAGUCAAUUCUUUCCAAACUCCUCCAUUUGUUGUUGAGUGCUUCCUGCCAAUUUGUGUCCUCAUGAUGUUCUUUGUUCUUGCACCUUCUGUCAAACAACUUUUCCCCCCUGUAAACAUGUUUGUAACUUGCUGUAUUCUUUUUCUUUAUAAUCAUCUGCAGAUGAUAACUAAGAAUCCGAAAAUUAUCUCGAUUUUGGUAAUUGAGUUGUAUCCGAACAAACUAUACUCA